UUCCUAUCCGCCUCGGCCACUCCUCAAACAAAAAACACCAUCACACUCUUAUACACCCAACGGAGAGUGUAUAUGCUUUUGCUGUUUGAGUGAUAUAUAUUUCUUUAAGGAGAUGUCGUCGUCGUCUCCGUCGGCUGUCUGCAAAGGCCUUCGGUCGUCGUCGUUACACCUCCAACAAGAAAUGAAAGUGCGUGGGAUCGGAUCGAUACUCGGCUUUUCGGAAGAGAAGCAGAGGAUUUCCGAGAAGAGAGAGUCUUUGAGGAGGACUUUCUCUGCCGAUAUGUCUUCCAAGAAAUGGCUGGCUCAAAACCUGCCAUUGGAGCUGAGGAAGACGGCCUCGUCGGAAGAGCUGAAAUUAGAAUCCGAUAAAGAGAAACGAAGGGGAGAGAUGGAAACGCCUGGGAAAUUAGAUAUCUGGAGCUCGAUUCUGUCCGAGAAGCCGAAUUCGGCAUCCCAGGCUCCAUACAUUCACCCACUGGUGAAGCAGUCAGCGAGCUCGUUGAGCAAGAAGAGUCUGGAGAUUUGCACGGAGAGCUUGGGGUCUGAGACGGGAUCCGAUGGCUUCUCGUCUUCGAGUGAAGAUGGGGACUUCUCUCUGUCUGAUGUGAGCGAAAACGAGCAAGAAACAGAGCAAGAGAAAGAAGGAUGUCGGAAUGUGAGGAGGGAAUUAGGAGCUGUGAAUUACAAUUGCUCGAUGAACCGUCGAUCAACUCCUCGAUCAUUCCCUCCACCACUCCCUUCCAUCUCCCGCCGCGAUGGGCCGUGCCUCCACAUGAGGCCCCACCGCAAGGACGGCCGCCUAGUCCUCGAAGCAGUCCCAGUCACCUCCCACAACUACCUCCACGUCGAACGUGAGGGCGGACGCCUUCGACUCUCUUUCGUCAAUGCUCUCACCAAAGACAAUAACAAAGAAGAAGUAGAUCUAUUCGAGAGCGAUAGAGAAGAAGAAGAAGAAGAAGAAGAAGAGAACAUUUCCAAAGAAGAAUCAUCAGAACCCGAAUUCGAAGAAGACGUAGAAGAUAUCUCAAGCGAUGAAGACAAGGAAGAAGGAGAAGAGAUCAAAGAAGCAGCAUACGUCGACAGGGGAAUGCUAUACGUCGCGGCUGACCGCAUGAUGAAAGUGCACCGGUCCGCAUCCAUGAUGAAUAAGUUCAUGGGUGUGUACAACAAGAACCUGAAUCCAUGGAGCAACAAGAAACCCGACGAGAAAGACGACCCGACCCGGAUCGUGGCCCGAUUAGCUCCCCCAUCAACGCCGUUCAAUACAUACGAAUGCUGGUGGAGGAACGGACACGCGGCAGUCGCGGCCCGCUCAUUGGAGCUACCACAACCAAAGAAGCCAGUGCUACUUAAUACUGAAGAUUUAGCAUAUGUGAGGAGGUGCGAACAGCCUCGGAAAUCCACGUUGGAUUGGAAGACUCGUUGCAUUGCAACCUCUUGAGUAGUUUCUAAUAUAUAAUAAUUAAUUAUCAGUAAUCCGUAUUAGUUAUUAAUUAAUUACUUCGAUUAUGAGUUUUAUUGGCUGUCUGCUGUCAUUUUUAAAUGCGAUAUUAUUCGUUAGUCGUGAUUGAUGAGAUUAGAGGCAUGUUAACGUAUGUGAAAUAAAUGUCUUUUUUUA